UUCGCGUGGCUUUGAUUCAGACCAGUUUGUUGCUCUGCUCACACCGCGCCUGUUUGUUUGUUUGUUUUUUUAUUAUCUGUUUGUUUAUGUGUUUGUUUCCCCCUAUUUCAAUUUACUCGGUCUGCAUCGUCGAAUGGCGGGGAUUUUACAAUGUCAGGAGUUUCAUAAUGUGUUAUUCAAUCGAUGUUUUUCGAUUGGGUGGAGAUUGCAGCGAUGGCGUGGGGAUGCAGCAGGACUGUGUUGCAUGGGUCGGAUUAGGCAUUUAGAUUGAUAUUGUGGAGGAGAGAAUUUUCGUUUGGUUGAUUUUGUGGUAUGGCGACGUGCGGGGGUGCGAGGUGGGGGAGGAAAGGGGGAGGGCCAAUUCCAGGGAAAGGUGUGUUGUUUAUAGAGCUUAAGAAUCGCAUUCUGGUGUCAUUGCACAAGCUGUCUGACCGGGAUACCGAGCAGCUGGCGAUGGAAGAGCUAGAGCUAAUUGCCCACAAUUUGACUCCGGAGGGGAUCGCUCUCUUUCUUGCCUGCUUGUUUGACACGGACGGGCAGCAGAAGAGUGUGGUGCGACGGGACUGCCUCAGGCUGGUCGGGAAGCUCGCCAGUCUACAUAAAGACUUGAUGGCCUGCCACCUGCCGAAGAUGGUGGGAAAUAUUGUUAGGAGGUUGAAGGAUCCAGAUUCCAACAUUCGUGACGCCUGUGUUGAAACUAUUGGAAUUAUGGCCUCGCAAGUCAGCGGAUUUGAUGGUCUCUCUACCAUCAAUGUCUUUGUGAAACCUUUGUUGGAGGCUUUGGCGGAGCAGCACAAAGUCUUGCAGACCGGAGCGUCUCUGUGUUUGGCGCGAGUCAUAGAAUCUGCAAGGGAUCCGGACCCUCAUAUUCUACACCGCCUCUGUCCACGAAUUGUGAAAAUGCUGGGCAGCCCUAACUUUCUGGCGAAGGCGUCCCUACUCAAUGUUGUCGGAGUCAUGGUCCAGGUUCCCGGAGUGGUUUCUAUGUCUCAAUUACCCUCGUUGCUUGGCUCUGUCCAAGAGGAGCUUGAUAACAGCGAGUGGACAGUGAAGAAAGCAGCAGCUGAGACCUUAUCCAACAUGGCCACGGCAGUUGGAGGCGUUUUGGGGUCCUACAGGGGAAGUGUACUGGCUACUUUAGAGAACAACCGGUUUGAUAAGGUGAAUAUUGCUUCCUUCUCGGCUUCUCUAAACUUGCAGAGUUGCUACAUCUGGAAGCAGUGGUUCAGCCUCCCCAUCUCGUUGUUUUGAAGUAGAUGCCACCGCUUCCAUAUCUGAUCGGAGAAAUAAUAUGCGGGGCCUACCUACCUCAAUUUCAGAUACAUGUGGAAGGAACAGGU